UCCCUUGGGUAAAUAGGGUGGUUUUCAGACAGUUACAUAAGUCUCACAUGAAGACUGAGUAUCCUUCUGGGUCCAAAACGCGUAAAAGCUCCAAAAGAGACAUUUGGGUGGAAAAAAGACGGGAUUGUAACCGUGCAAUGGCUAGUCAACGUGCGAAACAAAAGGAUGAAACGUUGCAUGUGGCAAAGCUGUCUUCCCAGCUGUUGUUUGGGAGUGGUUGAAAGAGUUAAGCCCCAUUCUGGAAUGUCUUGGGAAUGUUGGCAGAGGGAGAGCAAGCGGCUUUUUUCCUCCCUCUGGAUGGAGUCCCAGCGCCGAGCUUUCAAAGUGAUGACUUUGGAUCCGAGUUUGCUUUUUGGUUCUGCAGCGGAGAGCUGGGAAGUGAUGCAGUGCAUCCAAGAAGCCCUCCGCGAGGGAUGUGCAAUUGCCUCCCGAAGUCGGGAGGGGUAUUUUUACCUCUUCCCUGCUCACCCCUGGGUGCAGCAGAACUCGCCUUGAGAAGACACACACAGGGAUAAACCACAUCCUGAAGGGUGUGUGCGAAGGGAGAAAGGCACAUCCCCAGUUUAUUUUGGCUGCUGCUUUUUUUGUUGUCGGGUUUGGUUUGGUGGUUUUGUUUUUUUGGGGGUUUUGUUUUUUGUUUCUGUUUUUUUUUUUUCAUUUUUCUUUUGCUUCUCCUCCUUUGAUGGAAAUGGCAGUGACUUUUUAACCUUGCAGUCCAUAAAGGCGCCUGGGGACUAGCCGAUCGCCCCCGAGCAGGGAGACACAGGCAAAACGCACGGGGAGCUGGCAUGGCUGCUGUGCUCUUUGGCUUUGAGGAUCUGCUCUACAGCUGGGACAGCCUGGUGUGGAGCCUGACGUCCCGGGCUCUGAGGACUUGCCGCUUUGGAAAUCUGAGGGUCCUGCAGCUCAUGCUGAAGCCAUGGUGCAUUUCCAGAGCCGUUUAUCAGAUGACGGAGGGCCGCAGAUGCCAAGUGCACCUCCUCGAUGACAGAAAGCUGGAGCUCCUCGUCCAGCCAAAGCUUUUGGCCAAGGAGUUGCUUGACUUGGUGGCAUCUCAUUUCAACCUGAAGGAGAAAGAAUACUUUGGAAUUGCAUUCACAGAUGAAACGGGACACUUGAACUGGCUUCAGCUGGACCGCAGGGUGCUGGAACAUGACUUCCCCAAAAAGUCAGGACCUGUUGUUUUGUACUUUUGUGUCAGAUUCUACAUUGAAAGCAUCUCCUAUCUGAAGGACAAUGCCACCAUCGAGCUGUUUUUCUUGAACGCCAAGUCCUGCAUCUACAAGGAACUCAUCGAGGUUGACAGUGAAGUGGUGUUUGAACUAGCUGCCUACAUCUUGCAGGAAGCAAAGGGAGAUUUUUCAAGCAAUGAAGUUGUAAGGAAUGAAUUAAAGAAGCUGCCAGCCCUUCCAACACCAGCGCUGAAGGAGCAUCCUUCCCUUGCUUACUGUGAGGACCGAGUCAUUGAACAUUACAAGAAACUAAAUGGUCAGACAAGAGGUCAAGCAAUUGUAAAUUACAUGAGCAUUGUAGAAUCCCUCCCAACAUAUGGAGUGCAUUAUUACGCAGUAAAGGACAAGCAGGGAAUUCCUUGGUGGUUAGGACUUAGCUACAAAGGAAUUUUUCAAUAUGACUACCAUGACAAAGUGAAACCAAGAAAGAUCUUCCAAUGGAGGCAGCUGGAGAACCUCUAUUUCCGCGAGAAGAAGUUCUCGGUGGAGGUGCACGAUCCGCGCAGGGCAUCUGUGACCAGGAGGACUUUUGGGCAUAGUGGCAUCGCUGUGCAUACGUGGUACGCCUGUCCGGCACUGAUAAAAUCUAUCUGGGCUAUGGCCAUUAGUCAACAUCAGUUCUACCUGGACAGAAAGCAAAGCAAGUCCAAGAUUCAUGCUGCAAGAAGCCUGAGUGAGAUUGCGAUUGACCUGACCGAAACUGGAACGCUCAAGACCUCAAAGCUGGCCAACAUGGGGAGUAAAGGCAAAAUCAUCAGCGGCAGCAGCGGGAGCCUUCUGUCAUCAGGUUCCCAAGAGUCAGACAGCUCUCAGUCUGCCAAGAAAGACAUGCUGGCCGCCCUGAAAUCCAGGCAGGAGGCUUUGGAAGAGACGCUGCGCCAGCGCUUGGAAGAGCUAAAGAAACUGUGUCUCCGAGAAGCGGAGCUCACGGGAAAGCUGCCACGAGAAUACCCCCUGGAUCCCGGGGAGGAGCCACCUAUUGUAAGGAGAAGAAUAGGAACUGCCUUUAAGCUGGACGAACAGAAAAUCCUGCCGAAGGGAGAGGAGGCAGAGCUGGAGCGCCUGGAGAGGGAGUUUGCCAUUCAGUCCCAGAUCACGGAGGCUGCCCGGCGCCUGGCGAGCGACCCGAACGUCAGCAAAAAGCUGAAGAAACAGAGGAAGACGUCCUACCUGAACGCGCUGAAGAAACUGCAGGAGAUCGAGAACGCCAUUAACGAGUAUCGCAUCAAAUCCGGCAAGAAGCCGACCCAGAGAGCCUCCUUGAUCAUAGACGAAGGAAACAUUGCCAGUGAGGACAGCUCCCUCUCGGAUGCCCUUGUUCUCGAGGAUGAGGAUUCUCAGGUCACCAGCACAAUCUCCCCUCUCCAGUCCCCGCACAAAGGACUCCCGCCCCGGCCACCCUUGCACAACAGGCCGCCUCCUCCGCAGUCACUGGAAGGCCUCCGCCAGAUGCAUUACCACCGCAACGACUACGACAAGUCCCCCAUCAAGCCCAAGAUGUGGAGCGAGUCAUCCUUGGACGAACCCUACGAGAAGGUCAAGAAACGCUCCUCCCACGGUCAUUCCAGCAGUCACAAGCGGUUCCCCAGCACCGGGAGCUGUGCUGAGGCAGGAGGGAGCAGCUCCCUGCAGAACAGCCCCAUCCGGAGCCUUCCCCACUGGAACUCCCAGUCCAGCAUGCCCUCGACGCCGGACCUACGGGUACGCAGUCCGCACUACGUCCACUCCACGCGGUCAGUAGACAUCAGCCCGACCCGACUGCACAGCCUAGCUCAGCACUUUAGACACCGGAGCUCCAGUUUGGAGUCACAAGGCAAGCUCCUCGGCUCGGAAAACGAGACAGGGAGCCCCGAUUUCUACACCCCAAGGACUCGUAGCAGUAACGGCUCCGACCCCAUGGACGACUGCUCGUCCUGCACCAGCCACUCCAGCUCCGAGCACUACUACCCUGCUCAGAUGAACCCCAACUACUCCACCCUGGCAGAGGACUCCCCGUCGAAGGCCAGAGAGCGCCAGAGGCAAAGGCACAAAUCGGCGGGCAACCUGGUCUCUUCCAAUUCGGGGAGCAUGCCCAACCUGGCCGCGAGGAACGGCACGGGGCACCACCGGGUCUACCUGCACAGCCAGAGCCAACCCUCUUCCCAGUACAGGAUCAAGGAGUACCCCCUGUACAUCGAGGGCAGCUCCACCCCCGUGGUGGUGCGCAGCCUGGAGAACGACCAGGAGGGACACUACAGCGUGAAAGCACAAUUCAAAACCUCCAACUCCUACACGGCGGGGGGGAUGUUCAAGGAGAACUGGCACGGGGACGAAGCGGACUCCGUGCGGCUCACCCCAUCCCGCUCCCAAAUCAUAAGGACUCCGUCUCUGGGCAGGGAGGGCCACGAGAAGGGCUCGGGUAGGACUGCCGUGUCGGACGAGCUGCGGCUCUGGUACCAGCGCUCCACGGCCUCCCACAAGGAGCACAGCCGCCUCUCGCACACGAGCUCCACGUCCUCGGACAGCAGCUCCCAGUACAGCACGUCUUCGCAAAGCACCUUUGUGGCGCACAGCAGGGUCACGAGAAUGCCUCAGAUGUGUAAAGCAACGUCAGCCGCCUUACCUCACAGCCAGAGGAGUUCGACACCAUCGAGCGAGCUAGCAGCCACGCCACCGGGCAGUCCCCACCACAUCCUUGCAUGGCAGACUGGGAGCUACGACGACAGCUGUUUCCUGGAUUCUCCCCUCUAUCCAGAAUUAGCAGACGUCCAGUGGUAUGGACAGGAAAAAGCCAAGCCUGGGACUCUAGUGUGAACCCCUGACCUCAAGCGAAUCACAUCAAUGCCGUUCUGAGAUCACCUCACUGCCUCUCAUUUGCCUUACCCAGCUGCACUGUCACCCAGCACCAGCUUCAACUCUUAAGCACUUUUCUCACGAUGCAAUUCGACAUUUCGGUAACACUUGGCCCCGAGACAUCCACCGCGACCGCGGCGGACGGCAGCGCGUCCCCUUGCCAGACUGCUGCACGUCCCUCCCGGAAGCCCGCAGGGCAGCAGAUGCGUUGAGCAGGCAUCUCAGCAGUCAGGCGGCGAUUUAAAAGCUGUUUUUCCUUUGAAAUGAUGGGAGCCUGUCGAGGUUUCCAUCAAAUCCUACUGUUCUGUGGCAUGUACCAGUAGUAAGAUGUCCAUGACCUGCGAUCCGAAGCCAACAGAGCAUCGGUUUCAACGGGGUGGGGGGGUGGGUUCAACACGAAACGGGACAGAGGCUGAGAAAUACUCCUUGAAAAUUCUUUUAAUGAAAAAGUAAAGCUCCUUUUAAUGAAAAAGUAAUAGCCCGACACUUCAAAGCCGCAUCAGAGGCUCGCAGUCGGAUCUGCACUGCCCAGGAUCACCGAACCGACAUCAACAGGGUGAGUUUGUUCAGCAGGUUCUUGCUCUGGGAGCACCUCAUUCAACUCGAAGCCAGACACGACCACCUCCUGUAGAACAGCGUUUCCUUUGUUGCUUUGAGCCCAUCUCAACAGCAGUAACAGAACCCAAUGUGCUGAAGACACACUGGAGGUCUGGGCUGGUACCACAGCACCUACGAGCUACAAUUAAAGCGGACAAACGAGGUUUACAGAGGCAUUAAUUAAAGCAGAGGCAAGUACUGCUACUCGGCGCAGCUCUGUGGCUGGCACAGAUUGCUUACCAACACAUAGAGAGGUUGGGGUUGGGGUUGAUUUUCUUUUUUAUUUUUUUAAUACUCUGAUGAAGCUCAAAAUUGCCAAAAAACCUUUCUCCAAGCAGACAGAGCCAAUAAAUCCUAGUCGAUCUCCGCACAAAAGCGUUACUGGCAAAUCAAAGGGAAAGCACAUCGCGAGCUAAUCGCCGCGGCGGCGCCGUACCCGUUGCGAUUCUCUUUCCUUCGUUAGCACCAGUGUAGCAAAGGGCUCAGCACCAGGCGGGCGAGCUGGUCCGUCGGGAAGCAGGGGAGCAGCAGCGGGGCUCAGCAAGCAGCGGACGAGGCCGAUUUCCCCAUGGAAAGAAGCGGCCCCGAGGAAGGGAAGGCAGGAAAGGAGGUGUUGGGCACCGGCGGGAGCUGCCUCCUGCUACCAGAAGGAAAUCGGAUGCGAGAAUCAUGGAAGAAGCUGCAAGUUUACACAUACUUUUGAGCAAUGCUUUAUACACGUCAAGCCAUGGAACUUUAAAAAGGCCUCAAAGACACUUUUGUAAUGAACAAGUGCACAAUCUCUGUCUCGGUGGAUGUCGAAGCUGGCACGUCUAGCCUUCACUGCGGUGCUAUGCUGUUUUUAUUGCCACUAGAUGGGGGGAGGUCCCUGCCCCCGUUGGUGCGUGCAAACGAUGAUUUCCUAUGGGAAAGGCAUUAAAGAAAUGGCUGGAGGGGGGUUACUUUGCGAAAAGCAGAAACUGAAGUUAGCUUUAGUUUAAAAAUUAAAAAAAAAAAAAACAAAACACAGAGGUGCGAGUGUGUGUGCGCGUGUUCCAAGAGUAACAACAGCGUCUACCAGACACGAGGAGGGCGAGAAGUUUAAAACGAAACCCCGCGACUCGGGGGCUGCCACACCUUUUGGUAUUGAGCUUGCUGGAAAACUGCAUUCCCGGCUUUAAAAGCGAAUGGGUUCUUCCUAAUUAGAUUUGGCAAGGUGAUGGGGUUUCUAAAAAACUCACGCGAGCUGCUCGUGCUAAUUCCUUUCUCCGAUACAUGUAAGAAAUGUGGGCUUCGGUCCUCGGCCCUCGCCUGCCGGGCUGCUGUCUGGCACCGCUUGUAAGGCGCAGGAGGGGCCCUGCCGGGCUGGGCAGAAAAACCUGAGCAAUUUGUCCAGGGAAGCCUGUGCCAGAGCCAGGAACGAAGCUCUUUGAUGUCCACACAUGAAGCAUAAGUGACUUAUCCCUCCGAAAAAAAAAAUUAUUAUUAUAAUAAUUACUUUUUAACACUGGCAAGAGGUUUUUUAAAGGUAGCCAUGCAAGCCUCGUGUUCCCGGACCUGCACAAAGAUCCAGCAGACGGCGGUGAGAUCGCACCCCUUACCUGGAUGCUUGAACAAAACGCUGUUUUAUUUUAACAUUUCUCUGUGCUUUGGGGUCUUUAGCACGGGAAUUACUGCGAGCUCCUAAUUGGAUUUUGAGCUGGAUGGGAGAUCGUGCUGAUUGCUGGCAUGCGCUGAUAAGAUUCUGGAGCUAAAGCGAAAGGAUUAAAUGAGGACCAAAUUAAGCAGCAGCAGGUAAUUUAGCCCACAGAUUUUGAGGGGCUCUGAGCAACUGUCUGUUUUCUUUUUAAUAUCCCUGGUAAGUGGUUUCGGGUUUUGGUUUUUUGUGUUUUUUUUUUUUUUUCUGUGUACCUUCUUUUAAUUAAAAAGAAUUCAACAACAGCGGCACUACGAGGCCUCUGGGCACUACAGGAAGAAACACUCAUUCCUCCAAGCCCAGAUCCGCAGUUUUGCAGCAAAGGUUAAAAGGUGGCAGCCCUGAAAUUAGGGAAAAAAAGAAAAAAAAAAAUGGUUAGCCUGAAUUGCAAACAGGCUGGAGUAGAGAAAAAGCUUUCUAGAAACGGACUGAGUUUAGCUUUGUGUUCUGCUUUUCUGUUUUGCAAUCAAGGCACACGUGAGCAGCCAGUCUGGUAGUAAAGACAGAUUAAGUAAAACAGGUUUUACUGUUUAGCUCAAUUCAAUUAAACACAAAUGUACAUAAAAUGUUAAUCAUAUGGGAUUAACAUAUUUAAGUAUAACACGGAGGGGUAUAUACAUAGCUGUUAUAUACAAGCACUUGACUACCAACUUAACCCCUCCUUUACCUUUUUUUUUUUUUAUUUUUUCCAGGCUCCAUCCGACAUAAAGCCACAAUUUCUUAGUCUACACGUCCGAAGCUCCCCCUGUUUAGCCAGCAGCCCGGAGCACGUCUGUGCGCCGGGCUCUGCUGCGAGGCAGGGUUUAUUUUUAAAUGCUAUUAUAUGCAGUCGCGUGUUGGAAAUGUUGAAGCAGUCCGAUUUGUUUUCACUCUGUCUUAGUUUUAGUUUCAGGCAUAGCCGACCCCCAUUCAGGUGCUAUCAGAUGACCAGUUACUGCUUAGUUAACUAGGUGUAAAGUUUUACAUAUAUAUUAAUGUCAAUAGUUUUAUUACGAGUUGUGUAAAAUGGACUCUCUAGUUUAAAAAAAAGGAAAAAGAAAAAAAAAGAAAAAAAUUAGGUCUCUCCUGACACUGACUUUAGAGCAUGUAAAAUGAUUUUACUGGAUUCCGUUCAAUUGUAAUCAAGGACAAAAUAUGUAUGUUGUAGAAAAAGUUGCAGAAUUAAAGAAGAUCUGCUUUUAAUUUAUUCUUUUUGUAUUAAGAAUUUGUAUAGUUACCUUUACAUUUUGCAAAACGGUGUUGUCAACACUUCCUUAUUAAAGCAUUUUCAAAAUGA